CACAACAAUUGCUGUUUCGCAAAACAGCAAUGCCAUCAGGGUCCCUAGACGCCUACUAAAGGUCACGAAAGGAGGAAAUCUACCGAGCUAGCUAGCUACCAGGCAGCCAAGUCUUCUCCUGUGGCCUGCCUAUCGCUGCCAGCAUUCUCAUCAGACAGUAUUCUUUCAUAGGGUGGUCGCAACAUCCAUGACGAAACCUCCUCCAAAGCCAAACCAGGCCGCUGUCGGCAAACGUCGUCCCACAGUGCCUCGCGUAUCCUUUGUGACGGAUCAGCAGAAGGAUCGAAGAACCACCACCUUCCAACCGGGAAGUCUUUCCAAGGUUAUUCUGGAAGAUUUGCAAAGUCAGCAAGAGCACAUUGUCCUUGCCGCGCUCGAGUACUUGAGUGGACUCUUUUCUCCCGAUGCAAGCCCUGCUGACAACAGCACCAACAAGACGAAUGGAUCAACAGCCCAUCGCAGUAAUUGUCAACACUUCUUCAACAUGGGUGGCCAUGGUGUUCUCCUCGUUACCAUGAAGCGUUGGAGCGAGAAUGCCGCCAUUCAAUCCUCCAGUUGCGAAUGUUUGGCCAGGUUUAUUCAUGGGUAUAAUAAUAAUAAUAGUGUUCCAACGACAAUCACUAGCACCACCACCCGAAGCAGCAACUUGAGCAACAACAACAACAACAUACCAGUGACGGACACCUUGCUGGAAAUGGGAAUCGUCGAGUUAAUCCUAGGGGCAUUGGAACGCUUUCCCCAUUCUCCCACGCUGCAUUAUCGGGCCAACAACGUACUGCGAUAUCUCGAUAUGAAACGCUUGGUGGAUGAUUUUGAGGGCGUCACUAUGGUGUUGAAAAUCAUGACCACAUUCCCAAAUGUGGCAUCGUUGCAAGAACUGGGGUGCCGAUUCUUGCAAACGAGUCUCCAGUUGGGGUUUGUCACGGCCGCUGAGAUUCGCAGCCGCGCCAUACUGGUGAUUGUGGCAGCCGUCACGGGACACCCACAGCACAAGGGAAUCAAACACAGUGUGGGGGUCAUCCUGAAACGAGUCUCUAGCUAGCUAAAUAUACCGGUAGCUAGCUACGUAGUGGGGUGAACGACGACUCGACUCAAUUUGGAUCCACGAGAGGGCUGUGGAGGGAAGCGAAAUAAAUUGAUGUGGACGAGCCGAUAAAGAUAGAAAGAACUCUUCAAACCUCCCACAGUGUCCCUUCAUUUCCUGCCGUAAAGUCCCCUCCAUCG